UAAAGAUUCCGAAAACUAUCGAAAUCUCCAGAAACUUACGAACGGAUAUCAAUCAAAACAUUUGUUCUGCACAGUUUAGAUGCGGAGAUAUCAGGUUUCAAAUAGCAAGAGACUUUUCAAGAAGUGCGUGUGCUCUUUGCCACGUAUUCCGAGUGACGUUCUAAGAGAAGCUGCAUACUGAAUUAACUUUAACAUCAGACAUCCGGUUAAAGAAGUAACACAAAAAGAGACAAAAUGAAAUUUUUAGUCUGCUUUUGUUUAAUCGGACUUUUGUCUUCUGUUAUUAAAUGUUCUGAUGUCGAGUUACUUGCAGUGACAAUAGCUACCGAUGAAACGGAUGGAUUUACGAGAUAUGCUGAAUCAGCAGACAGAUAUGGAAUUAAACAUAAGACGUUUGGAAUGGGACAGGAAUGGAGAGGAGGAGACAUUGCCAGAUUUUCUGGAGGAGGACACAAAGUUAAUAUACUGAAAGAGAACCUAUCACAGUAUGAAGGAAGAACAGACCUUAUCAUAAUGUUCACAGACAGCUAUGAUGUAGUAUUCACUGCAGGGCCAGAUGAAAUAUUGGAAAAGUUUAAGAAGUUUGAUUCCAAUGUGAUAUUUUCUGCUGAAGGAUUCUGCUGGCCAGAUGCAAACUUAAAAGAACAAUACCCAGAAGUAAAACCUCAUGAAUGUAGAUUCUUAAAUAGUGGUGGUUUCAUUGGAUAUGCUAAAGACAUUGUCGAGAUGGUAAAUUAUAAAACUAUAAAUGACAUGGAUGAUGAUCAGUUAUAUUAUACCAAGAUGUUCCUGGAUAAAACAACCAGAGAUAAAUGGAGAAUGAAGUUGGACACAAAAUCUGAAAUAUUCCAGAAUCUGAAUGGUGCUUUAGGUGAUACCACUCUGAAGUCAAAAGGGGACCACAGUUAUUUGUACAACAUGAAAACAGGAACAUCACCCCUUAUCAUACAUGGGAAUGGUCCAAUUAAGGGGGAGUUUAAUAGAAUAGCCAAUUAUCUAGUUGAUGGAUGGACUACCAGUGCUGGCUGUUUGUCAUGCAAAAGAAAAACAAUCAGUUUGGAAGGAUUAAAGGAAGAUGAGUACCCUGAUGUCCAGUUAUCUAUCUUUAUUGAUCAACCUACUCCAUUCUUACCUGAGGCAUUGGAGGAUAUUGUAAACCAGGAUUAUCCAAAGAAGAGAAUCAAUCUGUUCCUUCAGAAUCAGGCUGAGUACCACAAGAAAGAUGUUGUGUCUUUCUUAGAAACCUAUGGUGAUAAUUAUAAAUCUGUGACAGUAGUUAAUCCUGAGGACAACAUGAAUACCAUAGCUGGCAGGAACUGGGCUCUAGAGAUGUGUUUGAAAACAAAGUGUCAGUAUUUCUUUUCUGUUGAUGGUCACGCUCAUAUUACAGAACCUACUUUGUUAAAAAGCUUGAUAGAACAGAAUAGGACUGUGAUUGCUCCAAUGAUAUGCAGACCACAACAGUAUUGGUCUAAUUUCUGGGGAUCUGUUAGCGACAUUGGUUAUUAUGCCAGAUCAGCUGAUUACAUGGAUAUAGUUGCAUAUAAAAAAGAGGGCCUUUGGAAUGUUCCCUACAUGAACAGUGUUUAUUUGGUCCAUGGAUCUCUGAUGGGAAAACUAAAGGAUGCCUUUACACGACAAACUGUUAGAGAUGCUGACAUGCAUUUUGCUGAAAAUCUUAGGGACAAGGGUAUAUUCAUGUAUGUGACAAAUACAAAGUAUUUUGGCCACUUGGUGAACUUUGAUGAAUACCCAACAACACAUUUACAUAACGACAUGUAUGAGAUUUUACGCAAUCCUUAUGACUGGGAGAAGAAGUACAUACAUCCCAAUUAUAACACCAGUUUAACAGAGAAUGCUGAUAUAGCACAGCCAUGUCCAGAUGUUUUCUGGUUUCCAAUUGUUUCAGAAAUUUUCUGUGAUCAUUUAAUUGAGGAGAUGGAACAUUUUGGACAAUGGUCUGGUGGUAAAAAUGAGGAUUCCAGACUUGCCGGUGGCUAUGAAAAUGUACCCACAGUCGACAUACACAUGAACCAGAUUGGGAAUGAAGAGAACUGGUUACAUUUCCUAAGGAAAUAUGUAUUGCCAUUGCAGCAGAAAGUGUUUUUGGGAUAUUUCCAUGAUCCACCACACUCCAUUAUGAACUUUGUUGUACGAUACAGACCAGACGAACAGCCAUUGUUACGGCCACAUCAUGACUCAUCAACUUUUACAAUAAAUAUUGGAUUAAAUAAUCCAGGCGUAGAUUACACAGGUGGUGGCUGUAGAUUUAUCAGGUACAACUGCAGCGUAACUGGUACAAGAAAAGGAUGGAUGCUGAUGCACCCUGGGAGAUUAACCCAUUAUCACGAGGGUUUGAAAACUUUAUCGGGAACCAGAUAUAUAAUGAUCUCCUUUGUGGAUCCAUAAAAUAUUCGUCACUGGUGAAGAUUUUGGUGCUUUUUAUUUUUUAUAACAUUUAUCAGUUGAUCGUUUGUUUGUAUACAUGCAGUAUGUAAUGAGAUUUUGAAUGUGCCAUUCAGAUUGUUUUGUGCUUCAAUACUUGGAAAUUUUUCAUGAUUUUUUUGUUGUAAUAUUUGCAUUCACACCAUAUAAGCCUAAAUAUCCCUUCACCAAGUGUUUUUGGAAAACAUAACUAUUGAUAUGCAGUAUGUAAUUUCUGAUGGAUGAAAAUAUUCACACAUGAAGUAGUCGUCAUGUCAGGCCUCUUACUGUUUUGGCGAUAAAAAUAAAGCAGGAUAAGGAUUCUUGGUAAAUGGUGUUAAGUGAAUAAGUUACUAUAAAAUUUUGGUAACUGGGGACCAAGAAUAUAAAUUUAUAAAUCAGCAAUUAUAAGGUUGCAGUACUUCACAUAAAAAUCUAUGAACUAAGAUAAUAUCAAUGUUAAUAUGUGCUGCCUUAGCUAUCUGUAUAUAUAAAACUAAAAACUGUCUGUAUUUGUUGGGUUUGUUAGCAUAUAACCAGCAUACUUCACAAAUAUAUUGCCUUUUGUUUUGUAGUUUCUCAAGAAAGUUUUGCAAUGAAAUGUUUUAUGAUUGUGUUUGACAAUUUUAAUGGUUUUAAGAUUAUAUACAUAUACUGAACUUACUGAACUAGAUUGUACAUUUUGACCUCUGUAUGUAAUAUUCAACAUCUGUUCUUAAAAGGCCUUGUUGUACAAAGUUCAAAUAUUGGUUUAUUAAGGGUUAAAUUGAGGUUGAAAAACAUGUUUUUGCUUGUAGAAAAUUAUUAAUAUUUUUUUUUAAUUAUGCAAAUUGGUAUUAAUUUACAUUUACCACAUGUUUUUUCAGCCAUUAAUGUUAAUAAAACAGUUGAUUUUAAUUUUGUCUCAAUUGAAAAUAUUUAUUUUGUCACAAUUUAACAUAUGAGAAGGUCACAAAUGAAAGCUAAAGUGUAUUCAAACUAUUUAGCGCAAUGAGUGCAAAUUUAAGGGCAUCAUUAACUUGGUAGCUUUAUGCAUGAUGAAUACAUACUUUUUAAAGUUUGUUGUGAUGUCGUAAGAUGAAAUGUGAUAUUGAUGUGAUUUUUUAAGAUUGGUUUUUAUUGAUUGACAUUUUAUAACAAGAGAUGAAACUUGAAAUGUAAAUUUUUACUCUACCAUGUGGUUUAGAUAAUUGGUUAUGUGUGUGAUGAUAUACAUGGGAGGUUUUAUAUAAUAGCUUAACACAAAAUUGUCUAUGUCUUUCAUAUUGUUUUUGAUGUUAUAUAUGUAUUGUAAAUUUGUAGGUUGACUGUUCAAGAUAGUUUGAAUAUUUUCUAGGGGUAGACAAUUAGGGAGAAGCAAUUUAUCCAAGGUUGAUUUUGGAUAUUUUUACUAGUAUUUCAAUACUGUUUAAUUCCUAUAUUACAGGUAUUAUAUUGAAUAUUGUUUUACCAAUCAAGUUUCUAUAUAGAAACAUAUGUCUAAUUGUUGAGUUGACAAACCGUUGUAUUGUUAAAUUUGGUUAUAUGCUGUACUGUACUAAAUUUUAAUUUUAUAAACUAAAUAACUGCUUUAAAAUUAAGGUCAAAAUGCCAUCUGGGACAGUUGAAGCAUGCAAUUUAAGAACAAGGUUGACCAUACAUCCUUUAGGGACAAGGUUAUCAUAUGCUCUUAAUGAACGUUUAGUUUUACUGCUCAUGCAAAUGUUAUUAAUAAUAGCUCUUUUAAAUCAUUUCUUCAAAAAUAUCCUUUGACUUGUUAAAAUAAAACCCGAUCAUGAGAAUUCCACCAAAUUAUUUGUAGAUAUCUGUAUAUAACAAAUGUAUAUGAAGUUGAUAGUAUAUAUUUGGAUACAUUUUCUAUUGAAGUAACCAAGGAAUUAUUGUGAUAUUAGUACAAUUUGAAAACUAUACUCUGUGCUUAUGACACUUAUAUGAGUCUGGAUUGGUUUAAAGAAUAUAGAAAAAUAUGUAAAAUAUUAUAAGAAAUAAAAGAAUAAUUAAC